ACAUAGCUGUGCAGGUCGUGAGCCAGACUUUGAUUCUCAACCGUUGCAAAUGUGACGUUAAAGAAGCUUUUUUGUUGUUAUUAUUAUUCAUUAUUAAAUAAAUUAUAUUAAUAACGAGGGAUGGAGACAAAAACCACGAGGCCCAUUUUCCCAUGGUACAAGGAGAGGUUGCAGACAAAGUAUCUUAAAGCUUCAGCAAACAAGAUUUCCUCCGUCGGCAGUUGUUGUCGUUUUGUAAACGUGAACCUCGAUGACUUCAGCAGUUGCACGUCAGUCUUAUCCAGGGACCACAGAGGUGUCUCACCGGUUAUUUUUCAAGACACUCCAAACAACCAUGACUCCACUCCAAAUCCUAGAAAGUCCAUCUCUAAAGAACACGCUUGCUUUUCAAAGCAGAAUAUCCAAAAGCAGAUUCGUAGAGAAUACGUGGCUGCUGUGGAGGAGAAGCUCAAGCAGCAUCCUCUGGCUAUGUUCCCACAUUAUAAGGAUCACAUGACCCCAGAGUUAUUUGAUAAGGUGGUAUCCGUUUUGGACCCAGACAUGAGCGUAAACAGCUCCUCUGCACUUCCUACGCCUACAGGAGACCAUGCGGGGGAGGCUGAUGAAGAAAACUGUGCAGAGCCAAGUAAAGAAGAAGUGAACAGAGCAAAAGGCAGAACUUCUACCGAUAACAUGCAAGUAGCAUUAAUAAAAUCCAAGCAGCAGCAACCAUUAUGUACUACACAUGAAUGGAAAUGUUACCAGAAAGGGCCGGACGGUCAAAGUGAAUCAACCAACAAGGAUAGGAAAGUAGCCGCCUAUCUUUUCAGCAGAUGGUUUGCCUCUCUGGACGAAGAGACCGAUGUUACUGAAUCUGCAAUACUGGGCCUUCAAGACUCUUCAUCAUCAACUUUCCCCAUUCAAGUGGAGGACGCCAACGAUUAAUCAGGUCAAGAAGAGAAUCCUGUCACAGCCACACAUAAACAGGAUGGUUUCAAAAGCCUCUUAGCCAAAUAAUGUACAAAGAGAGUAAAGUUCACAAAAUCUUAAACCCACAAAGAGUGGUAAAAUAUCACUUUUGAUGGCUGCUGAUUAGAAAAAUCCAAGAACACGUACAGUUAGGAGCUUUUGCCAGAUCCAAACACAUGAUAAGACGAGGACUAUAUGUGAGACAGUUGGGUUGCUGACAGAAUGAGGAGCUGAAACAGGUGUAUGAAACCUUAGAUGUGACAAGUUAUGUAAUCUCACAAUGGAAUACCACUGCCAAGGCUAAAAGGCGAGACUAUACAUUUAGAGGAGGGAUUUCAAAAGAACUGUGUAAGGGUUUUGCAGCAUUUGUAUACAGGAAAUGUUCUUUAAAACCAGCCUCUAGAGAAGCAGCAAAAGGAGAAGUGUGUCUGAAAAGUGUUUGUUUCGCUAGACAAAGAAACAUGGACAAUUAAGCACUGUGUGUGAGCAGAGGUUUUAUGUUUAAUGGGUGCCUAAAAUUAACUUGGAC